UUUGAUAUUUAAUGGUUAAUUAUUUAGAUGUAUUUCUGCAUAACCUCUGCUUAACGGCCGCUUAAUACAAAUUACAAACUUUCCCAUAUCCAAGAUAACCCUUGCUCUCCUUCCCCGCACAACUCUUCAGUCUAUAUUGCCCUCUUGCCGAACCAGAGCAUCGCAGCCCCUCUUCCGCCGUCGAGUUUGCUACUCUGGUCACCGAUGGGUUCGGUGGGAGAAGACGAGGAGUUCUAUGUUCGGUACUACGUAGGGCACAAGGGGAAGUUUGGGCAUGAGUUCUUGGAGUUUGAGUUUAGGCCAGACGGUAAGCUCAGGUAUGCCAACAAUUCCAACUACAAGAACGACACCAUGAUUCGCAAGGAGGUCUUCCUCUCCCCAGCUGUCCUCCGUGAGUGUCGCCGUAUCAUUUCUGACAGUGAGAUUAUGAAGGAAGAUGAUAAGAACUGGCCAGAGCCUGAUCGGAUUGGCCGGCAAGAGCUUGAGAUUGUAAUGGGCAAUGAGCAUAUAUCCUUCACAACUUCGAAGAUUGGGUCACUUGUUGAUGUCCAGAGCAGUAAUGACCCUGAAGGGCUUCGCAUUUUCUAUUAUCUUGUUCAGGACCUGAAGUGUUUCGUAUUCUCGCUCAUUUCACUCCACUUCAAGAUCAAGCCAAUAUAAGAAGGAUUGAAGAAAUUGUUAGGUUAGGAUUUCAGCUCUUUUUUUGAUUCAUGAUUGUCUAAAUUUAAGGAUUUUUUUUUUCAAAAUGCUCAAAAUUCAAAGAUAUGAUUGAUCGUUUGGAAUACCGACUUGUUAGUUCCUGAAUGCAUUUAUAAAUGUUGUCACCAUUUAAUGUUCUUUUGUUUUGGUAGAAUGCAACAGUUAAUUUGUAAAACUAAUAUUCUACUUUUGCCCUUUUA